CCUAGUUUAAGCUCUGAAACUUCCCGACAGGGGACUCAACCUCGGCAUCUUCUCAACAAACCAUCGCUUCACGAAGCCGACCAUCCCUUCUCACCUAAGACCUUCUUGAUUUUCAUCUGAAAAGAACAGUACCAUGGAUGAUGAUGAUGUACAAGCCAAAGCUCUGGAGGAGAAGCUGAAGAGCCAGCUUCGUCUUCUUGAACUUGAGCACGCUGUCUUCGAGAGGAUGGUUUACAAGAACAAGAACCAGCAUCGUAGAUGCUCCUAUUUUCAGUACCUUCUCAAGGUGAGAAGGGAUUUGAGGCUUUUGAGAACAGCAAACAUGGAGGAGAUUCUUAGACCCUGCUUUCAUGUUAUCGCUGGGAUAGGAACUAAACAGAAACUCCAUGUUUUGGAGAGCUUGAAGUUGAAGAAAUCUCCAAAUAUCUUGGACCGACUUCGUGGAGCUCUUCAUCUACUCUCACAGAUGACUGAACCCAUCUUGAAGGCGGCUAGUGGGAUAUCCGUUCUGCUAGCUUGUUCAUUUUUCAUAGGAUCUUCCAUGACGUUUUUGGCGCUGCUUGCACGACUACGAGUGUUGAUUCAACAAAUAUUACUUGAUGCUGUCUCAGUUUUCAAUUCGGUAACCGCUACAUCGUUGAAGAAACAGUCUGUAAAGAUAGCGCAGGAUGGGGUUGAGGUGUUCCGGGAGUUCUAUCCAAAGGAUGAAGAGUGCUUCACCUUGUUGGACUGUGUAUGGAAGACGGAUAAAUACGUCUUACUUGAGACAUUACAGAACCUUGAGAGUAGUAAACCUGUAGAGGAAACUGUUUCAGAAGAUGUUAAUACUAGAGAUUCGUUGGUACAGUAUCAAACAUCUGUUUCUUCUCUGGGAGAAGAGCUCUCUCCUUUGCCUGGCGCUGACAACGGUGGUGUUACUGUGAAAGAAAGUUCAACUCCCAAUACUGAAAUAGCUUCUUUCAAUACUAAUAAUGCGUUGCAACCAGAAGUUUCAGAGAAGCCAGGAGAUGCUGCCACUAGGGAUUGUUCAGUCCAGUAUCAAACAUCUGUUUCUCCUCUCGGAGAAAAUUUCACUCUUUUGCCUGAAGCUGACAGCGGAGGUGUCUCUGUGACAGGGAGUUUGACUCCCAUUACCGAAACAGCUUCUUCCAAUACCAACAAUGCGUUGAAACCAGAAGUUUCAGAAAAGCCAGAAGAUGGUACAACUACGGAUUGUUCAAUUCAGUAUGAAACAUUUGUUUCUCCUCUCGGUGAAGAUACAUCACCUUCUCCUCUGUUUGAAGCAGACAAAAACGUUGGUGUUACUGCUACAGAGACUUCAACUCCCACUGCUGAGACAGCUUCUUCCAAGACUAACAUUGUAUCCCCAUCAGAAGAUUUACAAAAACCAGAUGAUGAAUCUAUAAAGCCACUUAGUCCGGCAAAGAUCAAACUGAGUUGCAGAGCAACCAAGGUGGCAUUCCUACCUGUGAAAAGACCUCUCGCUGCAAUAACACCAAACCCCCUAGAAGAACCUCCAAGGAAGAAACAAGAAACAGGAGAGAAAGACAAAAAGGAAGGAGAUGAAGAUGGAUUUUAUAACCUACUCAUCCGCGGAACCCACAAAGACAGUUUGUUCUAGCACAACAUUCUUAAAAAAACAAACUCUGGGACAUUAACUUCAGACAGAAGACGAUAUUCAAGCCUUCUGAACUCUGGGACAUUAACUUCAGACAGAAGACGAUAUUCAAGCCUUCUGAGUGGAGUAGCCAAGGAUCAAGUCACGAAUCUCUUCACUGUUAGCUCUGUCAAGAGCGGUUCUUCCAUCAGCAUCCUUGACCGAGUAGCUAGCGCCAGCUCUAAGCAGCUCCUCUAUCUUUGGUUUGUCACCUUCUGUGGCUGCCAACAUCAGUAGAAUAUCAACGGGAUGAAUGUUUAGGUUUAGAAGUGCUUCCAUCUUUGAAUAGGUGCCUUCUACCGCAAGCAUCCCCAUGUAAUUGAAAUACUGCAAUACAUAAUACAUUAUUUAUUUUAUACACAUCAUUUA